ACACUGUGCAAUGUUUGCGGUGUAGUGACUUGCGUGCCAGAAUCUAGUGUAGCGGCAGUUUACGUGGGUGUGGCGCCUCGCGAGGUACCGGAGUUGAAGGGGCCCCGCCUCAAGGAGGCAUGUGGAGCGCGGUGACGGCGGCGGCUGACGGCUCGGCGCCCGCGUCCCGCGCCAAGCACAGCGCCACGCUGCUGGGCGCCCACGUCUACCUGCUGGGCGGCCGCAACGGCAAUCUGCCGCUCAAGGACCUCUGGCGCUACAGCCUCGCAGAGGGCCGGUGGACGCAGCUGAGCCCGCGCGGGGAAUGCCCGCCGUGCCUGCAGGAGCACACGGCCGUGGCGCACCGCGACUCGCUCUACGUCUUCGGCGGCGAGUUGGGCUUCUCAGGGGGCACCGAGACGCCACUCUGGGUCUACCACGUCAAGACGAACACUUGGCGGAAGGUGCGCGCGGCCAAGGGCCAGGCGGCGCCCCGGGGACGGCGCGGCCACACGGCGCUGGUGCAGCGCGACCACAUGCUCGUCUACGGCGGCUACCGCGACCUGCGCGGCUCGUCGCCGGAGCUCUGGGCCUUCCACUUCGACAGCGAGACGUGGUCCCUGUUGAGCCCCGGCGAGUCGCCUCCCGCGCGCCACAAGCAUUCCGCCGUGCUGCACGACGACGCCAUGUGGGUGUACGGCGGCAUGACGGACCUCAACGAGCGCGCCGACCUGUGGCGCUGGGACACAGUGUCGCAUGCAUGGAGCCUGGUGCGUGCCAAGCCAGGCCCCGGGCCACUUCACUCGCAUGCUGCCUGCCGGCUGCCCUCGUCCAUGCUACUGUUUGGUGGAGAGCGGGACGGACAUCCCACCAGCGACCUCUGGAGGUUCCACUUUGGAACCGAAACGUGGGAACGACUCACCGUUCUUUCAGGACCUAAACCACAACCAAGGGCAGAGAGUGUUGCUCUGGCAGUGUCUGACCUGCUGCUACUGCCACCUAGUGAUGGCCACCACAACCAUACUCAGCAUACAUCCCAGCAGCAGCAACAGCAGCAGCAGACUGCUCCACUGACAGCAGCAACAGCAGCAAUGGUGCAUCACCAGCGUGGUGGCUCUGUGGACCGCAGUGUGCGCCACAACCGUGUAGCACCUUCAGAGGCACGCAAAUAUGCCUUCCGGCCUACAACAGUGAGCUAUGCGGCAGCUGACACGAGUGCCGGAGGAGCGGGCAGCUUUCUGCGCGAGAUCUCCAAGCUGUCACAGAUCAACCUUUCACGGCUAAGCCACCACAAAUGCAGCUACAGUGUACUCAGCCAUGAGGACAGCACUGAGAGCCUGCUGCUAUCGAGUGCCUCCUCAUCUGCCACUGAUGACCGCCGCACCGCCAUGGUGAAGUCGCAGAGCGCUAAUGUGAUCGCACGCAAAAGUGAGCCAGCCAGCAAUGGCUACAGUGACUCACCUGAAAAGGAGGACUGCCAAGAUACUGCCAUGGAGACCAUAUGUGGAGACUACUUGACUGCCAACUAUGAUGAGGGCAGAUCCUGCAUCACGUCUUCCUGGGGGAAUGGUGGCAAUGGUGGCUAUUCCAUGACCAGAGAUCCUGUGUCCGUCCCCAACUUUGGUGCGCUGACUGCUGUCCCUACCCCAGCACUCACACCCGUGGAGGUCACUAAACUUGUCUUCAUCGACCCAGAAGAUGAGUUUGAUGCUGACUGUGUAUCGCCAAAGGAGCCUGCUGCGAUUGUUAAGCACGUGAGACCGGUGCCACCAACAGUGGCAACUCCCACAGGUGACUUUCCAAGACUGCACCGUCAGUUCCAGCCACAGACUCCCGAUACAGGUGCCACACCUACUGCAGUGGAUGGUGCAACAAGGUUUGGUGGCGUAUGUGGUCCAAUACCAAAGUCAGCAUCCGUGCGCUUCAACACAGGGCCCAAUGGGAGCACCACAGAUGAUGAUACAGGUGCUCUGCUGUCAACAUCUGACUAUGCCAGUCUGGAGACUGUGAACCGCAGCAGCUACAGUGUCUACACCAACCGGCCCAGUCCUGCUGAGGGUCACCACCCAUGCUGUUCCCAGCAGGGAGACUCCCCACCAAGUGAGUAUCCACGUCCAGCCAGUGCCAAGACUGGAAAGGCCAAAACCCCAGUGCAUGACGGGCCUUUUGGUUUCUGUAAUCCAAACUACCUUGGCCCAGACAUCCAGACAAUACUGGCACAGCGCAAGUCAUGGCAUGAUGGAACUGGGAAUGGUUCGGGAACUUCUUAUGCGCGGCUCCUCAACAGUCCCCAUGACAGCCUGCUGGAGGAGGCAUCGACAUCACCCUGCUGCCCCGCAGCCACCUCUACUGCCACUGCUACCACCACAUCUGCUGCCAACAGCAGUGGCCACGAGGCACUGGAGAUGCGCAGCCUGUCACCGCCCCCUGCACUGGCCACUACAGAGAAGCGCCGACUUCAGGCACCGCGAGCCAGUAGUGCAAGUCGUGCCCAGCAGCAAACCAGUGGCUUCUGUACACCAGAGCCCCAUGUCCCACUCUCAGUCUUUGUGCUUGGAGGCAAGGAGCAAGGCCAGGUCACAGUCUUCAAACGGCCCAUGUCCGUCUGGAGACUGCAUCUCACACCGGACAUUUUUUGAACAUUGACAUUGUGCUUUCUGCAAUAAUCUCAAAGAAAACCUCGCCCUGUGUGUGGAGUCCAAAGAGUCUCUUACACGACAAGGAGCAUGUUCCAUUAUUACACUUGAUAAAAGUCUGGGUUUACACAUAAGCUACUGUUUGUUCACAACUUUUUGAACCAGGGCUCCCUAGUUCUCACAGUAAUUUUCUACAGUUGGCAAUCUAACAAGGCAUUACCCCUGUGUACCAUGACCUUUAUAAAGUAAUUUUCAUACCAUGCCAUGCCAAAUAAGUAAGCACAUGUGUAGGUGUUAACUGUACAUGAUAAAUGAGUGGCUUGGUUCUUCCAUUCUCUCCAUUUGUUCAGGAAUCUGUGAACAAAUUACAGGUAAGAGCACCAAGAGACCUCAAUCAACACUUGUGUUUUUGGCAAUCUUGGUCACAAAAAAAGUAAAUAAAAAUUUGCAAGUAAAUUUGAAAA